CGACAAGGUAUUUCAGAUGAUGUAAGUCGUGACAACUCAGUCAGCUUAAUGGUGGUAGAUCUUGUAUCCGUACGCAUCAGAGGUAGUUCAGUCCAACCGAUCACACAAGAGGAGCUGUAACAUUCACAUGCUCAUUGCUUGUUUUUAUCAUUGAUCAAUGUUCCAGCUUUUUCACCACUCAACCAAGUGAGCUAUCCGUGCAGGUUACACGCUCUUUGGAUAUAUGGAGUAAUUGGAUAGAUAUUUGCAGGGAACACGAGAUCAUGGACUUUGGUUUCAGCAGUCUAAUCGGCCAACCUGUAUAGUUGCUUACUCCGAUGCAGAUUGGGCAGGUUGUCUUGAUAGUUCUCGGUCUACCACAGGUUUUGCUGUAUUUUUUGGGCCCUAAUUUGGUUUCCUGGAAGGCUAAGAAGCAGCCCACUGUGUCCAAGUCCUCCACAGAAGCGGAAUAUCGUGCCAUUGCUUACACAGUACAAGACACACUACAUAUCCGCUCAGUCCUGUUCGAACUUGGAUGGCCUAUCUCCGAGCCGGUACAUUUAUUAUGUGAUAAUAUAUCUGCUUCUUACUUGACUGCAAAUCCAGUUCAGCAUGCUCGCAGUAAACAUAUUCAGAUUGAUUAUCAUUUUGUGCGCGAACGGGUUGCUCAUGGAGAUCUGAUUGUUCAACAUGUUCCUACUCAUCUACAGCUGUCAGAUAUUUUUACUAAAAGUCUAUCUAGUCAACGUUUUCAUUUUUUGAAAGACAACCUGUGCGUUGUAUCUCCC